UUAGUGGCGGCGCGCCGCUGACUGAUGAACGGUUGUGUUACGUUUUAUGGUGUGGAAAUGUAAAACAUUCGCGUUGAGAAGGAGAAAAUCGAGAGUGACUAGCGUGUAUCGUUAGUCAAGGAAGAAAGAGCCGAACGGAUCGCACGAAUUCGUCGAAGGUUUCUGUCAAGAUAAACGGGAAACAAGAUGACACUCGUGGUUUGAGGGAAGAUCUCGAUCUCGUGCGUAUUGCCUGCCAGUCCUCGACAUGGCGGGUUUUCGAGACGAGGAUAAGGCUCUAUUUCCUAUUCAGAGCAUCUCCUCGAUCGUGCGGAUUUUCCAGAAUCAAUUGGAAAACAGCUCGGAACCGGACUUGGCUUUGCUCUCGAUCCUAGUCGGCGCAGUGGAAAACUCCCUAACCUGCAAUCGGACAUUUGCGUCGCAGGAAAGCACUGUUUACGAUGAACCGAAACUGCCGGCUGUCGAGUUUCACAUCGCCGAAGCCCUUUACACUAAAUUUCACGCUGUGAUCAAGGGUGCGGUCGAUCUCACGGUUUACGACACCAAAUACGCGACCAGGGAACUGGUCAAAAAGGUCUCCGACGUGAUAUGGAAUUCUUUAACGAGAAGCUACUAUAAGGAUCGCGCGCAUUUACAAAGCCUCUAUAGCUACCUGACGGCAAAUAAAUUAGAUUGUUUUGGGGUGGCUUUUGCCGUGGUUGCCGGUUGUCAGGUUUUGGGAUUCAAGGAUGUACACCUUGCCAUGUCAGAAGAUCAUGCCUGGGUGGUCUAUGGAGAGGAUGGUAUAGAAACUGCUGAAGUUACAUGGCAUGGAAAAGGAAACGAAGAUAAACGUGGUCAACCAGUGGAACCUGGAGUGGCUUCGCGAUCCUGGUUGUACGUGAAUGGACAAGCGGUUGUAUGCAACAGAGCUAUGGAAGUUGCCACCAUAGUGUCUGCUAUAAACCCUAGUUUAAGCGCAACCGCGGACGCGGCAGAAGUGGCAUUGCUUCAGCAAGAAUUAUUAUGGUUGUUAUACGAUUUAGGCCAUCUAGCAAAGUAUCCCAUGGCUCUUGGCAAUUUGGGAGAUUUGGAGGAGGCUGCGCCUACUCCUGGCAGACCGCCGGCUAUAGAGCUCUUUCAGGAAGCGAUACGGUCCGCCAGGAAAUAUUACGGAAACGCUCACGUGUAUCCUUACACUUACCAAGGUGGUUACUUGUACAGGCACGGAUUGCACGCGAACGCAUUGGCGUCGUGGGCAGACGCAGCGGACGUUUUAAGAAAAUACGACUAUUCGCGGGACGAUGGAGAGAUAUACAAAGAAUUGUUGGAAAUAGCCAACGAAUUGAUACCGCACACGGUGCGGGCGGACGAGCGUUUGUUACGGCAACCCCGUUGCUUCGCGUAUUUAUUAAGGUUCUACGACGGUAUCUGCCAAUGGGAAGAAGGAGCAAACACACCCGUGUUACACAUAGGAUGGGCACGACCGUUGGUGAAUACAAUUUCAAAGUUCGACGCCAGUAUUCGCGCUCAGGUAAUUAUCGAAUGUUACGACGUGGAAACGAAACAGGAAGAGGACAAGUCGCAGAAGAGGGAGACCAGCCCGGAUGAAACGUUGAACAACAAUAACAACAACAAUUACUGUAAGACGAAAGAAAGGGGCAACGCGGCACGCGAUUUGAUCAAAAGUUUAGAGUCAAGAGUACCUUCUAAUCCGGCACCGAUGCAUCCCAGCAUCCAAGCCUUGACGGCUGCGUGCAGCGAGAAAAUACUUAACAGAGAUUACCUCUUGCAAGGCGGCGGAGAACCGUUCGUCGCCCCGCCGGACGACGCUUUGCCUCCCGCGCCUUCCACGUCUCAGGAAAACCUUGAUCCCGAGGUGGAGACUGAUUCCGAGCAGGAAAGGCCGAGGAUAACGUUGUACAGUCAAAAGAUGAAGGGUCUGAAAGACCUGUUGCUGGCGGAGAAACUAAAUACCCACGCGAUUUCGUUGCAGCUUACCGCGCAGAGUCAGGUACAAAUCGGUAAAAAGUCGCGUGGUACCGACGACGUUGGAGUCAGUCAGCGUCCGAAGAGGACGCGUCGUGAAUAGUAUCAAAUUGUUGACCGACGUUUCGGUAUUGUAAGGUAUUGAAAACUUGGUGCCACCGGAUUCGUUCCUACAGGAAAUGAAAAUGAUCGGUGGCGCGAAAUAUGGGGGGGGGGAAAAGAAAAUCCUAUGGAAGUUUUCCAUGUAUCGUUGGAAUCUCAGUCUUCGCUCACGGUUUCUUUCUGUUCGAGUGGAAUUUUGCGACCGAUGCUUCCCGUCCCGUACACUUCGAAUUCGGGAAGCGGACGAUGGUGAUGAAUUUUGUGCCGUUUCGUUGAAACCCUGUCUUAGCGGUGUUCGCUACUCUUUUAGCAACGAUUCGAAUGCUCGACUAUCGCGCGAAUCGUUGCAGAGUACGUUCCCCGCGAUCUUAGGUGUAAGUAAAGUAGAUGCGAAAAGGAAAAGUUUGUAGAAGAGUACAAAACAGUUUUCACGAUUUUAAGUUAAAAUAUCGAAAUCGUGAGUGCUUGCGUUUCGUAUAUUCGCGAUGAAAAUGUACUAUUUCCGCGUAAACGUCUUUUUCUCUUCCACAGUCUGUAGUGCUGUGAAUUAUUAAUACGGGGAUGGGAAUGGGUCGAAGGUGGGAGGGUGGAAUGAAAAAGCAUAAAGACGAAUCGAACAAUGUACCUAAUUGAAUGUUCGUACGAAGGAGAAGGCGGAGGCCAGCUUUUUAAGAGCACAGUUAUUUAUUCAACGAGUAUCGAUAUCGAUAUCGUGUUUUAUCCUAUUUCUAAUCUCUUGUUGCACUCUUAUUUAUUGACUCACGUUUUUGUUCUUUUUCAUUUUUUUUUUUUUUUUAACGAGCACUACGGAUGAUAAUUAUAUUGAUCGAGUUGUGUCGUUAAUGUUUUUUUUUUUUUUUACAUGAUAGUUGAAUGUUUUAUUAGAAUGACGCUUUUACGAUCUAGUAAGAGAGACCACACAUUCCACUCCGAACGUGGUGCAAACUAAACAUUAAGUUUUUACCUAAGGUAUUUUAAGCAUAAAAUGCUCGCUUAUUUUUAUAACUAUUUAUUUUCAGAGUAAUUAUAAGUAUGUAUUUGUAGAAACCUAUACUUUUGCUACUUUGUAAGUAGAGCAGAUCGAACGUAGACGGUCCACCGAUACCGUAUGAUUUGAAAGCUCGUUGAAUUCGAAGAGCGAACAAAAUAAUGAAACGAAGGUUUAUCUAAUCGAUUUUCACUUACAUGAAAAAAUACUAACUAGGCUUCCGAUCGAUAAAGUAUUAAUUAAAGAAACGUUUCCAUUGUUUUGUUCGGUUCUUGUACGUACCGUUACGUACAAAGUUCCUCGAGGUUUACCAAGGGUGUAACGUACAAAAAAGUAGUUUCUUCCUUUCGAGAUAACGUGCAAGCUAACGAGGUGUAUCGGGGGCUGUCGUUAAUCGUUUUCCGUUUGCAAGCUUUACGACUUCGUUUUCUUUCUCUAUUCUCUUUUAAUUUGAUUGUCGAUUUAAUCGUCUCACCUUAUUUUAUUUUUUCUUUUUUCCUUUGUCCGGUAUCAGUAUUUUACGAGCUCGUUUGAUACACAGGCCUGUUGUACGCGGACGAUUUUAUUUCACUUUCUGACAAGUUGCUAGUUCGACGUAUCAGUUCUACGAACACGAUACCAAUCAUGUACGUAACAAUUGCAUCGACGUCGAUGCCAGAUGAAAAUUAUUCGACAAUGUUUAGACGGGUUGUUGUAGAAGAAUGUUGUUAACAGGAAUGAAUAUAAAUGGUCCGAACUGAUCGACGAUCACUUAAUAAUGAAGGGCGCUAUCUUACUGUGAUGCUGAAUAUAUGAUAUAUUAUAUAUAUAUAUAUAUAUACACAAUUAUAUGAUGAAUAAUCGUAGUGAAUAAUGGCUUGGUGCGUCAAUGUGAUUUCUCUCGAGUAAAGGGACGAAAUCUUUUGUUCGCCAUGCUGAAUUGUAAUUAAUUGAACGAGUACAGAAACAAGAAAAAAGAAAUAUAGAAUAUCGGGAGAGAGAGAAAGAAAAGAUAAAGUAAUUAGUCCGUCAGUCCGUGUCGUUCGCAUAUCAUGAACUGAUUUGAUCUAGGAAAAAGAAAGAAAGGUUUUUCCGUAGAUUCUUCUUUCUUGGAUACGUGUGGCACGUUACGGCAUUAUAUCGCGAUUGUAUCGAACAUUGUAUCGUCGUCGCGUUUCCCUUCGCAAUUCAUCGAAAGUUACGAGACAAAUCGGAAACGGAGGAGGGUAACGUGCGCGUUUACGAGUAUACGUGGCCCUCGCACGAUCAUCUACACGUACGAGAGGCUGACUUUUUACCGAUUGCUAUCCGAAUCUAUUAAUUUCCAAACAGGAAACACAGUUUUCUGCUUAUUCGUUUUUUCCCCUCUCUAACUACCGUCUCGAUGUACGCUAGAAUUCCGGCGAAAUUCUAAAUUAACGUAGGUAUAAUUUUUUUUACAUGAGAACGGAUUAAUUAUUUUAUGGGAAAGGGUGAUGCAGUAUAAGUCCAGACAUCAGGAACGGAUUAAGGUCGUAUACCGAGGUACCAUUGUAUCUGGAGUAUCCCAACUUUUCGAAUCGUCUCGUUCCAUAUAAACGAAGGCCUAUCGUACAUCGAGAUCGUUUGAUUUCGUAUGUUCUCGCUGUGUUUGCGAAACAUUUGUCGUUGAAGAGAAAAAAAGAGUCCUCUUACCGUGAUUUUUUGUUUUUUCUUUUUUAUAUAUGUAUAUAUAUAUAUACUUAUAUGCCGUAUUCAGUAUUUUUCGUUUCCUCCCUUUGUUUCCCUUGACAGCGAUAAAGGAGCGUUUUUAAAAGACUACAGGGAUUAUUAUGCGUAAAAUAAUAGGAAUAGUAGGAAAAGAAAAAAAUGGUGCAACAGAACAGUAUUUUUGUAUUAGCUACGACGCAGAGGCGUGUACUACUCUCCGAUAUAUUAUUAUUCGUAAUAUUCGAGCGUUUAGGGAUCAAAGUUUGGACGAUAUCCAAUUCGAUCUGAUCGCGUGCUCGAGAUCAAUUUAUCGAAGGAGAAGCGUCGUUGGUAGAAUCGAGAUUAAUUCUCGAUGAGGAGCACGAAUUUUCGAAAGCUGUGCAGAAAAAUAAGAUAAUUGGCAAAGUGAUUAAGCGCGAAAAAGGUGAAAGGUGAAAAAUGUAUACCGGCGAUGAACGAUAUUUUUCAUCGAUCCUCUCGUCCUAGUUCGACUCGUUUGUCGGUUAAACGCACGGUUGAUUUUCGAUUCCCGUUUGGAGAAAUCGAUGAAAUUUCUUGUACAUAAUCACACAACCUCCGCUGCCCCUGUCCGUUUUGUCCCACGCGUCUCGAAACUUUUGUGCCUCGGUCUCCGAUCGCGAAUCCUCGAACGAUACCGUUUUUCUUCUCUUCGUUGCACGGCUUCCUCGUGAAACUAGAGAUUUCUUGAAAAAUAAGUCGUUUCGAAACGGAAGAGAAGAGAAACGUAAGCUUUGUUCCCGUAAACCGGUAAAGCGAUACCUUCGCCUUUCGUGCCAUAAUGUCGAGGACGCCUCGUCGCUUUACUAUUUCACCGUGUCUUGACGCUGAUUUUUCUCGCAGUAUGCACCGCUUCGACGGAAACGCACUACGCGUAACUUAUGUAUCUGGUGCUCAUGUUUCUGCUCGUGCUGUUUCUCCCCAGCGAGUUUCCAUCCGAACGUUGAAACAGUUUAAUAUAUACCAUGUCCCGAUUUAGAGUUAAAGGGUUAAAUUUGUUCGUUUAAAAAAAA